GCAGGGUGAUACACUCUAUCCUAUUCUCUUUUUUCCUUUCUUUCAUUUCCUUCCCUUUACUCCUUGCAUCAAAUUCCUUCAUUUUCCCUCAAUUCUAACUAUUAUUAUUAUUGCAAAUUCUCUUCUUACCUAGUAAACCUAAAUCCUUAUAAAACUAUCUCGAUUUUCUCUCAAUCCAAAACCCUUUUUCAAUUCAAACGAUCAAUGACUCUGUGAACUUAAUCUCGUUGAAGAUGGCGAUGGUUCCUUGGCGUGGUAUCAGUUGCUGUUUGAGUGCUGCUGCUCUUUACUUUCUCGGUAGAGCAAGUGGCAGGGAUGCUGAAAUUCUUAAAUCUGUUAGCAGGGUUAAUCAAUUGAGGGAGCUAGCAAAACUGUUGGAUGAGGAAAUACUUCCCUUGGUUGUUGCGAUUUCUGGAAGAGUUGGUUCUGAAACCCCUAUUAAUUGUGAAUUUAGUGGUUUAAGAGGUGUAAUGGUUGAAGAAACGGCUGAGCAACAUUUUCUGAAGCACAAUGAAAAUGGUUCAUGGAUACAAGAUUCUGCGUUAAUGUUAUCCAUGAGUAAAGAGGUUCCUUGGUAUCUGGGUGAUGGAACUGAUCGUGUGCGUGUAGUUGGAGCUCGUGGUGCCACUGGUUUUGUAUUGCCUGUUGGAAGUGAGGCAUUUGAAGAGUCGGGUCGGUCACUUGUACGUGGAACAUUGGAUUAUCUCCAAGGUUUAAAGAUGCUAGGAGUUAAGAGAAUUGAACGGGUACUUCCCGUUGGAACUUCCUUGACUGUUGUUGGUGAGGCUGCUAAGGACGAUGUCGGAACCAUUCGAAUUCAGCGACCCACCAAAGGGCCAUUUUAUGUCUCUCCCAAAACAAUUGAGGAACUCAUUGCAAAUCUUGGGAAAUGGGCGAGGUGGUAUAAGUGUGCUUCCAUGGGCUUGACAGUGUUUGGUGUGUAUCUGAUAGCCAAUCAUGCUAUCCGGUACAUCAUGGAAAGACGCCAUCGCAACGAAAUACAAAAAAGGGUUCUUGCUGCAGCUGCUACGAUGUCUGGACAAGAUAAUGGGGGUGAAAUUGCUGACAACUUAUCAGAUGGUGCUAAAAGGGAACGCACAAUGCCAGAUUUAUGUGUAAUAUGCCUCGAGCAGGAAUAUAAUUCCGUUUUUGUUCCGUGUGGGCAUAUGUGCUGCUGUACAGCUUGCUCUUCUCACUUGACCAGUUGCCCUCUUUGCCGGAGACAGAUAGAAAGGGCAGUAAAGACUUUCCGUCAUUGAGUAUCGACCAUACAUAGACCCACACGCGAGAACGAGGAAUCAUGCCAUAUGAAUCCAACAGUAACAAUUUGGUCAAUGGUGAUUAUAGAAUUUAUGCAACUUUUCAUCCAUCAUCUUUGUCUGUGAGCAAUGCUUUGUCUAUGAGAAAUCUUGAAACCAAUGACUUUCAAAUAGGCAUCAAGAUGGUGACUUACUGUUGGUUCUUUUGGCAUCUUCAACUGUAAAUAUUUAAUAUCCGAACUAGUUGCUCAUUACUCCUAGUUAUCGGUAAGUGCUAUUUGCAUAUAGGUGUCUUCUUUUCAAUUAGUGUUGAAUGUUCUGACACAUGAGAUAACUUACUCUGUGGAUUUGGUUAAAUACUUAUAUGAUGUAUGUUAGUGAACACGUUUUGUUAAUGUGACCAGGGACUUAUUUUA